ACUAUAGUUAUAAUUUUAAUUUUUAAUCAUCUUAUGACAUUUUGCUACAUUAAAUAAUAUAAAGAUAAAAACCUUUGUUAUUAGUAAUAUUAAUCAAAACCGCGUUUUUGUACUAUACUUUGACAUUUGGUUACAAAUUUCUCAUUCAUUUCUACCAAUAAAAUCAUCAUCACACAACUCAAAUUUCAUUUUCAUUAUUCUUUCUUCCCUCUCUCAUCCUCUUAAUUAAGCUCAAAUUUAGAUAAAUUUUUAUUCUUUUCUUAUUUGGUUCACAAAUUUUUUCCAUUAAGUUUCCUAAGGUGCUUGAUUUUAGGAUUUUCAUUGGAUCAAACAAAGUCAUUAAUCAAUGGUUUUGAAGGUUUUUUCCUUUUUGAUUCUACUUGUGAUAUGCUCUUUUGCUGUGGAAGCCAUUAAUCACAAUCACAAUAGUCUCAAGAAGAAUGGAUCUUCUCUUGCUGCAAUAAAGUUUCCUCAACAUCCAAGUUUCAAUGUUGUUUCUUCUUCAGAAGACACUGAUUGUAGUUUCUCAAAUUCAGAUAAAUUUGGAACUACCAUGAAAUCAAGUGAAGAAAGUGAUGAUAAAGGUCAAAAAGGUGAUGAUUUUUCAGCUGAAAAUCCACAGAACCAAUCUGUGAAGUUUCAUUUGAAACACAUCUCAAUGAAGAAUGAAAUUGAGCCUAAAAAAUCUGUGAUUGAUUAUUCUAUAAGGGAUUUAACAAGAAUUCAAACUCUUCAUACAAGGGUCAUUGAAAAAAAGAAUCAAAACACAAUUUCAAGGCUGCAAAAAUCAACAAAGAAGCAAACAAAUUCAAAGCAGUCCUACAAGCCAGCAGUUUCUCCGGUUGCGGCGGCCUCGCCGGAAUAUUCAAGUCAGCUUGUGGCAACUUUGGAAUCAGGGGUGAGUCUUGGCUCUGGUGAGUAUUUCAUGGAUGUGUUUAUAGGUACACCACCUAAGCAUUAUUCUUUGAUACUUGAUACUGGUAGUGAUCUUAAUUGGAUUCAAUGUGUUCCUUGCAUUGCUUGUUUUGAACAAAGUGGUCCAUAUUAUGAUCCUAAAGAAUCUAGUUCUUUUGAAAAUAUAACAUGUCAUGAUCCUAGGUGUAAAUUAGUUUCAUCACCAGAUCCACCUAAGCCUUGUAAAGAUGAGAAUCAAACUUGUCCUUACUUCUAUUGGUAUGGUGAUAGUUCCAAUACAACUGGUGAUUUUGCUUUGGAAACUUUUACUGUUAAUCUCACUACUCCUAAUGGAAAAUCAGAACAAAAACAUGUGGAAAAUGUUAUGUUUGGUUGUGGUCAUUGGAAUAGAGGACUAUUUCACGGUGCUGCUGGUUUGUUAGGAUUAGGAAGAGGACCAUUAUCAUUUGCUUCACAGCUUCAAUCUAUCUAUGGUCAUUCCUUUUCAUAUUGUCUUGUGGAUAGAAAUAGUGACACAAGUGUUAGUAGCAAGUUGAUAUUUGGCGAGGAUAAAGAACUUCUUAGCCACCCUAAUUUGAAUUUCACUUCUUUUGUUGGUGGUGAAGAGAAUUCUGUUGAUACAUUUUACUAUGUUGGGAUAAAAUCUAUUAUGGUUGAUGGUGAGGUGUUGAAGAUACCAGAAGAAACUUGGCAUUUGUCAAAAGAAGGUGGUGGUGGUACAAUAAUUGAUUCUGGAACUACUUUAACUUAUUUUGCUGAACCUGCUUAUGAGAUUAUCAAAGAGGCUUUCAUGAAAAAGAUUAAGGGUUAUGAACUUGUUGAGGGUUUUCCACCUCUUAAGCCAUGUUAUAAUGUGUCAGGAAUUGAAAAAAUGGAGCUACCUGAUUUUGGGAUAUUAUUUUCUGAUGGAGCAAUGUGGGAUUUUCCUGUGGAGAAUUACUUUAUACAGAUUGAGCCUGAUCUUGUUUGUUUGGCUAUUUUGGGGACUCCUAAAUCUGCACUUUCAAUUAUUGGGAACUAUCAGCAGCAAAAUUUUCAUAUACUUUAUGAUAUGAAGAAAUCUAGACUUGGUUAUGCACCAAUGAAGUGUGCUGAUGUUUAACAUUUUUUCAGGUUCUAACUUUGGACCGUCCGAUAUUAUUCGGACGGCCAUAGAUGUGCAAACCAUGCAAUCCUAAUGGAUUUGAAAGGUGUAUACUGUAUAUUCUCAUAAUUGUAAACAUGGUGAUUCAGAGGGUAGAUUUUUGGUUUUUCAUUAGAUGGAAAGUUAUAUAUACAUAGAAAAGAAAUAAGUUUAGGUUAUAUUUUUCAAGUGAUAAUAGAAUUUAGCCUUCAGAAAAUUUCUGAAAGUCUGAAAUUGGGUUAUGACCAAACAGAAGCUUGUUUUGUAUACAUUUUAACAGAUUCAAUUGAGUUUAUUGUUUAUUCAA